AUUAAUAGCCUAAAGUAAACCAAAUAUAAGAAAAAAAGUCGGUCAAUGGAAAUUAUCAUCCCCACUCUAAUAAAAAAAUCUCUAAAAUUCUAAUGGUUGGGCUUUCUCCAGUUCGAAUUGGGCCAUACUACUUCAGGCCCAUGUUUUUUAAAUGUGGUUAUCAUUUGAUUUUGCAAAUCCUAUUCCACUGGUGAAGCUACUCGCGUUUGCUUUGUUCAAAUUGUGUUUUCUCGAAUCGGCAGCAGAUUGAACUUCCCGCCGCACGGAAAAAUGGCGGCCACUUCCACUUCAACACUCCCCAGCUUCCUCGGCAUCGGAUCGAUCCUGUCGCAGUCACCAAUCUCUCGCCGCCGGGGAAGCCUGAAUUUCCGCAGAAUCGGAAGAGUUUCAAGCAGUGUUUCCUGCGACUACUCUUGCUUCGAAGUUAGAAAUGUUAGGUAUAGACCUCCCGGAACGGAGGUCGACCUUCUGAACGAUGUCAGUUUUUCUCUCCCAGAAAAGAGCUUUGGCUUGAUUUUUGGGCAGAGCGGCAGCGGGAAAACUACUCUUCUGCAGCUUCUUGCCGGAUUGAACAAGCCUACUUCUGGUACCAUUGGCAUCCAAAGGUACAGAGGCGAUGGCAGCCGCAGUAGUGACUCUCCAGAGCCUCUUCCUCCAGAAAGAGUUGGUAUAGUCUUCCAGUUUCCUGAGAGGUAUUUCGUGGCUGAUACUAUCCUAGAGGAAGUUACAUUUGGAUGGCCGAGGCAAAAAAGCAGUCUUCAAGUGAGGGAGCAGCUUGUUUCACAACUUCAGACGGCUAUUAAUUGGGUUGGUCUGAAUGGAAUUUCCUUAGAUAAAGAUCCUCACUCGCUGAGUGGUGGAUACAAGCGCCGGCUUGCCCUAGCUAUUCAAUUAGUGCAAGUACCAGAUCUACUGAUACUGGAUGAGCCUCUUGCUGGUCUUGAUUGGAAGGCACGUGCAGAUGUUGUAAAGCUGUUGAAACAUCUGAAGAAAGAGUUAACUGUAUUGGUAGUCAGUCAUGACCUCAAAGAGUUCACCUCGCUUGUUGAUCAUUCUUGGAGGAUGCAGAUGGGAGGGUUUCUCCAAAAGGAGCUUCUUCCAGUAUAAGUUAGGAAGCCUCCCGUUCUUCACUAAGUAUCAAGCUGACAUGCUUCGAGGUUCGAAUACUUGACAUUUCUUUCCUUUAUGUUUAGGAAAUGUAAUAAGUGCAAUCAAUUGGCAUCAAUGUCCUUUGACAAUGCAUUGGCUUGAAUUGGUAGUACAUGGGCAACCUCAAAUCUUGUGAUUUAGACUGUGCAUCCCAUUCAAUACUUAAAUUUUUAUUGAACUGGGUAUCAAUCGAGAAGGCAGUGUAUUAAAAGAGCGUGUGUAGGUUGUAUUUAGGGCUGAUUGAUGAACUGGUCUGACUGGAUCCUGAUCCUGGCUCUAUAAGGAUAAAUAGUGAAGAUUCUG